GCAAUGUGCAACGAUUUUUUUGGCUUGCGAAUGAUAUUUAAGAAGGAAGACCAAAUAAAAUAAUACUAUAAACGAUAGUAAAUUGACCUUUUAUAAUUAUGUUUUACUUCACUUAUAUUGAUGAAGGAAUUCCGGUAUAUUAUUGACAUAGACGUGGCUCUAUAUAAUAUUACAGGCAUAUUUUUUUAUAUUUUUAAAAUUAGAUUUGUAUGGAUAAAAUAACAUGACCCACACAUUGGUGUGGGCGAUGUGUCAGACUCAAGUGAUCGACGCAUUUGAGACUAUAUGGUUAACGCAUUAAAAUCAAGUGGACGACUCCAAGGCAUUGCAUGGGCAUCAUCUCGGUGGUUGACACCUCGAUGAUAGCCCCGUUAUACCCCAGUAUUCUUUCACAUCUUAUCAUUUAAUCUUCAUCAUGUGUUAAAGCAUUGUCAUCUUGGAUUCGAUACAGAUUAGCAGUAGUUACGUUCGAAAUCAAUGCAUCACAUUCCUAUGCGUAUCAUAUCAUCUAAAUGUAACGAUUCAAGGAAGGGUUCUACAAAUAUGCCCCAAAAAUAAAUCUUGAACUCAGAAUGAAUUCGACCUAUCAAACGAACUUACUAACUUAAACAUCAGAGGAGCUUUGUUGAGAGUGUCCUGAUGUAAUUUUGCAGUAAUCAAAUUGAAUUAGAGAAGUUUAACUUGAGAUCUGCUCGAGGAAAGAACAACUUUUCACAUCGGACAACUAAAAUCUAAUUUAACAAGACCCAAUUGGGAUCCACUUGUAUGGUUAUCACAUGUUAUGGUAUUGAACAAAAUUAUGUUAGAAGCAUGCUCCAUAAAAUGUUAGUCGAUUUCUCAUCGCCAAGAUAUGAAUUUUGCUGAUGUGUCGAGCAAGCGCCACAAUAUAUAAACCAAUUGGGCAUCGUCAGACAAUCUGCAUGUCAUCUCCCCAUAUCAAUACUUAUUUGACCAAAAUUGGUCAAAAGAUCGAUGCAGUCAAAUACAAAACCGUUGAAAUUGAUUGCGUGAUUUGCCAAUGCCAACUAAAAUUUCAAUGUGAUCUUCGUUUCGAACAUACAAUUAUUAUAACUCAAAUCUACGAAGUAAGUUGUGCCAUAAAAUUAUACAUUGAUCUUUACUUUGAAGUCAACUUGGCGGACUCAACCGCCACCCACCGAUAACAUCAUGGAUGUCUCUCUUGAUGUGAUAUCGUUACACAUCCAUAUUGCUUUAGUUCGAUGUCGUGUGCUGUUUCUAUACUUGAUGAUGAAUGUGAUACUUAUCUGUAUGCUCUUAUUCUGGUGACCACAAAGCCACAAACACAUGAUGGGCAUUCGAAUACUGUUUGCUGCUAAGUUCUAUGUUUUUUAUUCUGAAGACUCAUCGGAUAGGGAUAAGGCUUAAGAUGAGGUAAGGAAUAAGACUCCUUAUUCGUCAAGCAAUUUAAAUGUUAUCGGAAUAAAGCUAGAACAGUUGCUCUGAUCAAUUAUUCCAUGACAGAGGUGGAAUCCGAGUUGGUCUGUGUUAGGACCCCAAUGUGGUGGAGAUGGUACUACUGGAUAUGCCUUGUGGGCUGGACCUUGAAUGGAUUAGCGGAUCCACAAUUCGGUGAUGUGCAGGAGGAGAGACUUGUUUCUGGCGAUGACUUGGAGAGGAGCUGCUUUGGCUUCAGGUGGCGGUGGUCGCGUUUCCUGUGCUGUUCGCUUUCCUUCUCUGCGUUUUCGAUAAAGACGCUCAACUUCCAAAAGAGACGAAGACGGCACUUCCUGCGAGCCUUUGCUGUCAAGCCAGAAUAGUUGCCGGUGUGAUGUUGAGAAUCCUCAAAGCAUCGCUGAUUGCUCAUCUGUGCACAUCACAAAGCUAUUAAGAAUCAUUUGGGCGACUAGAUUGGACUCUUCAAUGAUCACCCUUCGUCACUUUUGUCAUAUAGCCAUCAUUGAGAAUAUUCUGCAUGUUUAGCAAUCAAGUUUCUUGUGGGAGAAUGAUAGCCCUCUAUGGAAUAAAGUGAAUUCUUUCGGGAUCUGCAAUCGCAUGGGAAAUUUUAGGGGAGCUUCUCCGGGAUAUGCAAUUGUGGGGUUUAAUGCAUCAGUUAUACACCUUAAAAUAUGUUCUUUGGAGAGAGAUUGAUUGAUGAUCUGUAGUUAUGAUGAAAACAAUGCGGAAAGAUUGGUAAGCAUCAGAUUGCUUGAAAAAAGAUGUGGUGUUCUUGGUGGUCAUCCAACAGGGAGAUUCUCUCGUUGUGGACGUUGGUCCGUUGGAUCUGUCGGAUCUAUCGUCAGAUUUGAAAUCUCGAGCAGUCAAAUUAGGACGUUGGUAUCUUCAAACGGAACUAAAUGUGUAUAUCAAAUUAGAAUCGUUACGUGGUUGCUUGUUUCGGGGACGGAACUAUUGAUCCGUGUCAUGUCACCAAAGUAUCAAUAUCGGCUGAUGCUAGAUUUAUAGUAAGGUUUCCCAUUCAUGAUAUUGUAUAGACUACUAUUGUCUUCAAUCCCUACCGAGCGAAAGAGAUGAUAAUGUUGACUGUACUGUAUGAGAGUGAAAGGUGGUGGAGCAGCAGCGAGAUUGUACAUUGUAACCCUGUACUCCUCUCCACUCCGUUUGCUUUAGUUCAGCCGCGGUUGGUUGUGUUGUUCUCCACUCCUGGCGCUGCGACGACCACGAACACGCGCACACAGAGAGAGAGAGAGAGAGAGAGAGAGAGAGAGAGAGCUAAAAAGAUAUGCCAAGGAAAAAAGAGGAGGAAGAAAAAGAGAGAAGAAAGGGAAAGGAGGGGGUGGGGUGGGGUGGAGAACCGGAACGAAGAGAAGCUACUACAUCUUGCUGCUCUUUAACGCGUUCAAUUCCUCUGACUAAAAGACUCACUCCUCCCUCCUUUUGAUGCCCCGUUCAAGCUUUAUCUUCUUUUUCUUCUUCUUGUUUUCUUUCUCCCCCUCUUUUCCUGGGACUCCGAGCUCUGCUUCGGGAUUCGGAGACAUAGGCAUGAGGAGGAGGCGGAGAAAGAAAGGGUAUGGCGGUCGUGAUGACGACGGGUGCGGGCGGGGAUGAGCAGCAGCAGCAGCACCAGAAUCCCUUCUUUCUCGACUUCUUGGGCAUGGGCAUGAGCUGUGGUGGGCAAACGCCCGCGCCUGAUUCCCGCUCCAUGACCGGGCACGCCGAACCCGACGCGGCCUCGCCCUCCGCUUCCUGGCAAACGCUUGGCGUCUCUUCCGCUGGGCAGCAUGGCAUUGUUUCCGCAACCUCUCUUCUCGGUUCAGAGAGACGGGGGAUGAGAAGUUCUGAGGUUUUUCACUUUCAUGGUAGGAAGAAUGCCAUUUCAGACCCCGAAGGAGGUAAUACAUUGCCAGGAAGAAAGAGGAGCCAUCCUGAAUCAGUAUAUUCAGGUUUGAUAGAUCGAGCAUUUCCCCUGAGCUCAGGCUCCCCUGAAAGCCCAUGCUUGAUUAAGAUGUUUGGAAAAGAAAUAGUUAGUGAGCGCCCGGAUAAAGCUCGUGAUGAUGAAAUUAUGUUGUCUAUGCAUCGACCACCAAGGCCAACUUCUCUUGUGUUGCAUCCUCCCCUUAGUAGCAGACCUGAUUCUCUUAGUUCCAAGUUAGAACAAUCAUUGUCCAGAAGUCCUGGACGGUUACUACAUGCUUCAUGCUUUUCGAAAGCUACAAUUUCUUCUUCAUAUGUGAACAAAGAUGCAAGUGCGGUUGCGACAGUUAUUUCACAAUCUUCCAUAGAUGACGGUUCUCGAACAAACAUCAAAGCUUCUGGAGUUGUAAGUAUCAGCAACCCCGUUAGCAUGGUUUGUGAGAAAAUAUCAACCGAAUUCUUGCCUAGACCUAAGGCUUCUCAUGCUACAGAAUCAGAAACUUCUAAUGCUGUAAGGUGUGUCUCUUUUACAAUGUGGCUUAUAUGUUUCGACAAGCUCUCCCUUAACCUUGAUUCAUCCGUUAGUGUUGAAUAUGAUGGUAUCAAUGCCACAAAACCUCUAUUUGUCUUUGACAGGCGAUCUAAGGCAGCGUCUCCUGGACGUCAGAUGACCAUAUUCUACUCUGGCCAAGCACAUGUUUUUGACAGUGUCCAUCCAAAUAAGGCAGAUGUAAUACUGGCUUUAGCUGGAUCAAACGGCGUAUCAUGGUCGACCACUUACCACUCCAGAUCUAGUGAUCAGUCGAUCGUGAAUGAAGCUAAAACACGAGAGGAAGCGUGGACGAGCAAUUUGCCAAUAUCUGUACAAGGGGAUAUGAGUCACCAAAUUGCAGAGAUACCACCUCCGAGUGAUCAUUCUGCCAUUAGAUCUGGUGGAAAGGAUGUGGGUGACGAAGGGUGCGCUUGAUUGAGGACCCAUUUGGAUCCAUUUCACUUGGUGGCGCUUUGGAAUUCUUGGUUUUGUUGUCAUUUGCUUUGGUUUGGUGGUUUAUGUGACUACAGGAACUUAUCGAUCAACCUUCAAGACUUUCUAUAUGUAUCGUUUUGCAUCGUUGCUAGUUUUCUCA